UAAUAAUGAAAAAUGUAGUGGAAGUUGAAGAGAAAGUUAUGAAAAAGGAGGAAGAUAUUAGGAGUGGGGUUUAUAGUGCAGUGUAUUUUGGAGUGAAGUUGUUGCUUGAUCCGGGGAAACUUAUGGGAGUGUGGAAUGUUUAUUGAGGGAUUUAUUAUAUAUCUCAUUUUCUUGUGAAGAAGUUGGAGCUUAUUGGGCUGAGGUUUAUAUUGUUUAUGAGUCUGAUACAAGAAGGGAGGAAUAACAAAUUCAAAUGAUUUUUGAAGAGUUCUUUUAUUGAAGGAAUAGCUUCUUUUACAGUUAAAUUUGAUAAUAAGCAAAGAGCAAGCCAGGGGAGAAAUCUAAGAUGUAUUUUUAAUUUUCUUCCGAAGAUAACAGAUCAAUUAAUUAUCAAUAACUGAGCAAUUUCGAAGAAUCAAUUUAGAAAGCUGCUCCUGGUUGGAAGACAUAUUAAGGUUUUCAAAUUUAACAAUUGAGAUAUGAGUUUCGAUGAAUUUUUUCUCAGCAAGUCUAUACAUUACUCUAUUAAAUCCAUAAACUUUACAUUCACAGAUGAUUCCCAAUCCAAAACUCCUGAAACCAGACUCAAAACCCUCACUAAUUUCCUCAAAGCUGCUUCCAAAACAGACCUAUCUCUCUCCCUCGAACAUCUCUCCACAAACAACUCUACCCUCACCUCUCAGCUCCAAAAAUCCACCACAAAAACUCUCUUCACUAGCCUAACAAUCUUUUCAACCUAG